AUGACUCUCGUUCAGGAAACCCCAGUUACGGCUGACAUCAUUAAUGGCCAUACGAUUGACCCCAAUGGAAUCAAAACGGCCUUUACAAGCGUUUCCCCGCUCUCAGAUGCAAAGGUCGAAUCGAAUAGGACGACUAAUUCCAAGCCCAAGUUCGAGCUUGAAGAGCAUCCGAUAGAUCAAGUCCGUGAUAUUAAAGUUGGAAUAAUCGGCGCCGGUCUUUCAGGAGUCACAGCUGCUACUUUGUUGCGAGCAAAGCUGCCUGGCAUCAAUGUAACAUUAUACGACAAGAAUGGAGAUGUCGGCGGAACUUGGUAUGAAAACACGUAUCCAGGUGUCCGUUGCGAUAUUCCUGCGCACGUUUAUCAAUCCAGCUUUGAGCCCAAUACUCAAUGGACCGAGGAGUUCGCUCAGGGACAUGAAAUUCGCAACUACUGGCAAGGCGUGGCCAGAAAACAUGGUGUUUAUGAGCGUCUGAAAACAAAGCAGAAAAUCGUGAAGGUGGAAUGGAUUAACGAAGAGACCAAAUGGAAAUUGACCAUACAAGAUUUGAAUUCUGACAAGGUGUAUGAAGAAAGGUUAGACUUCGUCAUAUUCGCCAUAGGUCACUUUAAUGCCUGGAAACUUCCAGACUAUGAGGGUAUUGAAUCAUUCAAAGGACCACUCUUCCACUCAUCAAACUGGGACCACAAUGUCGAUUUGAAAGAAAAACGCAUUGCGCUCAUCGGCAACGGUGCUUCCGGUCUACAAGUGCUGCCAUCUAUACAACCAUUAGGUAGCCAUAUCGACCACUACGCUCGCAAUCGUACUUGGGUUGUGGACUCAUUCAAUGAAACCAGCAUACGCAGACUAGAGCCUAAUCUGUUCAGCGAAGUAGACAAGGAGUCAUUCAAGGACCCCCAGAAAUAUCUCGAAUAUCGCAAGAAGGUUGAAGCAGACUACUUCCGCCGUUUCGGCGUCAUUUUCAAGAAUAAUCCGCAGAACGCUGAACUUCGCGAUAAAUGGACUGGGAUAAUGCUUCAGCGCGUGGACCCUGCACUAGCGGAUAAGAUCAUUCCUGAUUUCCCGCCUAAUUGUCGACGUCCCACGCCUGGACCGGGAUACUUGGAGGCCCUCUCUAAGCCGAACGUGAGCUAUAUCCAGGACUGGAUUCAAAAGUUCACUGAAAAGGGCAUCGUCACUGUGGAUGGGACUGAGCGGGAAGUGGAUAUCGUGAUUUGCUCUACGGGCGCGCAUGUCAACAUGGCACCACCUUUCCCUAUAGUCGCCAAUGGGGUCAAUUUGCAGGAGGCAUGGAAGCCCGACGGUCUUUACGGCUAUCCUUUCACAUACCUCGGAAUAGCCGCACCAGGAGCUCCUAAUAUUGCUUGGGUUCUUGGUCCUGCAUCUGCCGGUUUCAGUGGUUCCAUACCAAAUAGUGUCGAGAAUCAAGUAACAUAUAUCGCGAAAGUGAUCCGCAAGCUACGCAGCCAGGGGAUUGCAACCAUAACGCCUUCUUUCGAUGCUACAAAUGAGUAUCAAGAGUACGCUGAGAAAUUCUAUAAGCGAACUGUCUGGACAGGAAAUGAUGAUUCAUCGGAGGGCAAUAAGAACUGCUCAUCGUGGUACAACGGUGGUAUUCCUGGAGGUCGUGUGGUUGGUUUGUUUCCCAGUAGUGCGGCUGCCGUGAAUUACAUCUUGAGAGACCCUAGAUGGGAGGACUAUGAGUAUACAUAUACGAGCAAGAGUGGCAAUCGUUUCGCGUGGUUUGGGAACGGAUGGACUACUCGAGAGAGCGCGAACGACAGCAGUGUCAAUUUGACACCGCAUCUGAAAGACCAGGCGACGAUUGAUCUGAGAACACAUUUUGAGGGCUGGUGGGAUGUAUAG